UCACGUGAGAGGCCAAAAUGGCGCUGCCCGUGGGGCUCUACCGGGGCCUGGGGAGCCGCGGCCUAGCGGUGUGUUGGGGGCGUUGCUCGUGGCUCCGGAGGGCCCCCAAAUGGAGCCGCGCCGCCUCGGCUGGAGCGAAGAGUCGCCUCUACGACCACGCGAAGGACGGGUGGACGGCGAGGCCGCAGAUCGACGUGGAGGCGCUCAAAGUGCGGCUGGAGGCGGCUGAGAGGGAGCUGGAGAGCCGCAAAGGGCCCCUCCGGGCACAGCACCUCCGCCAGAUUCUCGCUGUUUGGCAGAAACUGGUUGAAGUGCAAGAGGAGAUUGUAACAGUUGAAGCUGAAAAAAACAGAGUUGCUGAAAAUGUGCGGAAUCUUGUGAAAAGUCAAGAGAGCAAUACUUUGCAAUCACUCCCUCUUUACAAUGCCUUGCGAAAGCAAGGGCGGGAUCUCCGCCUUCGUCUCAAUGCCUUGCGUCAGGAAGAGAUUGAACUGGAUGAAAAAUACUACCUGCUUGCCCUCAGGCUGCCCAAUAGGACCCAUCCUGAUGUGCCAAUUGGAGACGAGUCCCAAGCGAAGGUGGUGGAGACAGUUGGAUCAAAACCAGUAUUUGACUUUGAGGUGAAAGGGCACCUGGAACUUGGAGAAGAGCUGGGAAUCAUAAGGCAAAGGCGUUUGUCACACGUCUCAGGUCACCGGUCGUACUACCUCCGUGGAGCUGGAGCCGUUCUCCAACAGGCCCUGGUACAAUUUGCACUCAACAAGCUGAUGAAAAAGGGCUUCAUCCCAAUGGCUGUUCCAGACCUGCUUAAAGGAGCUGUGUUUGAAGGCUGUGGCAUGCUUCCUGAUGCCAGCUCCUCUCAGCUGUACAACAUAGACCCAUCCCGUUUUGAAGACCUGAGCCUGGCUGGCACAUCCGAGGUUGGCAUUGCAGGGUACUUUAUGGAUCAUGCGGUGGAUCUCAAAGACAUGCCGGUCAGAACAGUGUGUUCCAGCACAUGUUACAGAGCCGAAACAGACACAGGCAAGGAUCCAUGGGGUCUGUACAGAGUUCAUCAGUUUGCAAAGGUGGAAAUGUUCGGGGUUACGGCCAACGAGACAGGCUUGGAGAGCGCAGCCUUGCUGGAGGAAUUCCUUACACUGCAGAAAGAGAUCUUCUCUGAACUGGGGCUACACUUCAAGGUUCUUGAUAUGCCCACCCAGGAACUGGGCCUUCCUGCCUACAGGAAAUUCGACAUUGAGGCCUGGAUGCCUGGACGGGGAAAGUAUGGAGAGAUCUCCAGCACUUCCAACUGCACAGACUACCAGAGCCGUCGCUUGAACAUCAUGUACUACAACCAGGAAGGGCGGAUGUGCUAUGCGCAUACGGUCAAUGGCACAGCCUGUGCCAUUCCCAGGAUGCUCAUUGCCAUCAUAGAGUCCAACCAAUGCCAGGAUGGAAGCGUUCGAGUGCCAAAGGCCCUACAGCCGCUGAUGGGCAUGGAGGUGAUCGGCAAGCCCAGUUACGCUCCGUUGAAAUACAUUGGCCCGAACCAGCCUAAAAAACAUUGACCCACAAGCUGUAGGAUUGCCCUAGAAAGUGAUAUGUUUCUCAAGUCAAUUCCAGGAGGGUUUUGAAAGGGCCAUGUCGUAUUAUUUUGUGUGGAAAUGCAACACAGUGGGGAGGACGGGAUCUAAUUUGAGAUGGGACUAAAUGUGAGAUCUCUCUGAAAUCCCCUAUCAGUUGGGUUCUGCCUCCUGUCCAUCCAUUUUUGACCUCUGGUCACACUUUGACCUAUUCACCUUUCACCGAUUGACCUCUGGCCAUAAACUGACCCUUAAUGAAGUGGAGAAAGCUGGUUGUUGACAUAAUAAAGACCGCAGGUGGAAAAUCAAA